UGUGUCUCGCGGACGACCAGAGAUUCUCGCAGUUCUUGUGCGCCGAGCUUCUUUUGGACAGACUCCCAGGCCUGCACUUCUCAGCUCCUGCAGGUCAUUCCAAACCCACCGCGUGAGAGGUCUCUGUUGAAACGGAGCCAAGCCCAGUCAGACGAAUUGCGAGAAGACUUCGUGGAAACUUGCACAAAAGAGCAGCGCGCUUCCGGCCACACCGCGUGUCUAGACACCGCGGCGGGCCGGACUGCAGUCGGCCGCUCACAUCGCUGGCAAGACGCUGACACAGUAACGUAAAUUUCUGGAGCUUCUGUUCUUCUCUGAGGAGCCUGUAGCCUCUUUCUCGUUUUGUCGUUCUGGGUCACGCCUCUCCCGUUUCUGUUUUUGUGCCUCUCCACAUCUCGAGUGGACUUCCCGUUUCGCUCGUGCUCUGUCUGUCGACGCGCACGUCCCCCCCUGUCGACUCGGAUGCCUGGUUCGUGAGCGCCGCGUCAGCGCCUUGAUGUCGUCUGCUCUGAGGCGCCAACGCGUGCAUGCGUCUGUGCUCGGGGUUCUGCGGCCUCUUCCGGAAACUCUCGCGAGCAGACUGCGCCUCUGGAACAUGUGUGACAGAACACCCGACUUCCAGUCCUGCUGCAGGGCCCUGCAGCAGGUCUCUCCGUCGCUCCGCGCUCUGUGUGACACGCCUUUCCCUGCGCCGCCUUUCCCCUUCUUUUCUCUGGCCGCCGAGGCCGACUCGAGUCCGGGCGCUUCCCCGCCUGCAUGCAAAUUUGUCUUCCUUGAGCGAGCUGCGCAGUGCGCAGCAGAGCAGAGCGCCGUCGAGCGCCAACUGCGCGCAGGCCACACGCUCGCAAACUCUCUCGGCCCUUCAACCGCCUUCAAGGCCUCCACUGUCUCUGCAGCGUGUGGGGACUCUGCGGGUCCAGGCGCAGAUGUUUCUCUCCUGCUGAAGAAGGUGCAGCGCCAGCAGCUGCAGUUGCAGGCUCUGGAGAAGUCAGCGGAGUCGUGGGAGGACGUGACGAAUUUGGCGAGGAGGCAGACGGAGUGGGAGGAGUCGCGGCGCAAGAAACUUCGCGCCCAUCCGGACCUGAAACGCCUUCUCACGCCCGCACGCCGCACGAGCGACCAGCCCCCCGGGGCUUCCUCGGCGGCCACCGCGCACCGCCACGCCAUCCUUGGGUGUCUGUACACUCAAAUGCAGGACCUGGCAAGCACGUUGAAGCAGCGGGAGCUGGCGGCGCUGCAGGGACGACUGGACAGUCGCAGAUACUUUUCUGCUUUCGCGACUGCGGCCGUCUCCCAGGCGUCGGGAGAUCCUUCUCGGCGGCCGGCGGCUGGCCCACAGAAGGCCUCCCGCCUCGCCAGUCACUGCAUGCGUGCGACGCUCGCGGCAGCAGAAGCUGCCAAGACAGCCGAGAGGCUUCUGUUUCCCCAGAUGCACAGGUCCUCGCGGGGUGCAUUUCCAGGGUCUGUCCAGAACGGCGCGCAGGGGACACACGACGAAGAAAACGCCCCGCGAGAGGCGCGCGCGUCUCGCCUCCCAGGCUCUGCAGGUCUUUUGGAGGAGGGGAGACGCAGCGGCGGAAACACGAACGAGGCUCGAGAAACUGGAGAGCGAGGCGAGGCGUCUGAGACACAGGCGCGGGAGGUCGAAAUGACCGCGCUGAGAGCAGACGGCUGGAGAGCUCAAAGGAAAGGAAGAAAUGGUGAGGAGAAAGACGUGACAGGAGUGCUGCUAGACACAGAGGGGGAAUGUGGAGCGGCCGCGUCAGUGGACCUGCAGCUGCUCGCGAGAGAAGAGCGGGAGCUCGUCGAGGCGCUCUCGACAGACGCAGACGUGAUUCAAGAAGUCCACGCAAAGUUGACGGAAAUCGUGCACUGCAUGGACGUUUUCAGCGCCAAAGUCCUCGAACAGUCCGAGGCCUACACCUCGCACUUCACAGCGAAACGGACGCAAGGGAACCCUCUUCCCGCGCUUCCCCCAGUCGAAGCCUCUGUCGACUUCUCGCUUUCUCUGCGGCUGCGGCUCCUCUCCCGACGGCGCUCUUCGAUUGCCCACGCGGGGUGUAUGCGUUCUUUCUUUUUUUUCUGA